ACGCUGCGGCGGCUGCGGGAGGCCUUCCGCGCGGGCCGCACACGGCCGGCCGAGUUCCGGGCGGCGCAGCUCCGGGGCCUGGGCCGCUUCCUGCAGGACCACAAGCAGCAGCUGCAAGAGGCGCUGGCCCAGGACCUGAACAAGUCGGCCUUCCAAUCAGACACCUCGGAGCUCAUCCAGUGCCAGAACGAGGUGGAUCUAGCACUCAAGAACCUGCGGGCCUGGAUGAAGGAUGAAUACGUGGCCACCAAUUUGCUCACGAAGCUGAGCUCCGCCUUCAUCCGGAAGGAACCCUUCGGGCUGGUGCUCAUCAUAGCCCCCUGGAACUACCCCGUGAACCUCACGCUGAUGCCCCUGGUGGGGGCGCUCGCUGCGGGGAACUGCGUGGUGUUGAAGCCAUCAGAAAUGAGCAAGUGCACAGAGAAGGUGCUGUGUGAGCUGCUGCCCCAGUACCUGGACCAGGUGGGCUGGCUCUGCCCAUCGCCUCCACCGGGAGAAGGGAGCCCUCGCGUAGGGCGGAUCGUCAUGGCCGCAGCCGCCAAGCACCUGACGCCCAUCACCCUGGAGCUGGGGGGCAAGAACCCCUGCUAUGUGGACGACGACUGCGACCCCCAGACCGUGGCCAACCGCGUGGCCUGGUUCCGCUACUUCAACAGCGGCCAGACCUGCGUGGCCCCCGACUACGUCCUGUGCAGCCCCGAGACGCGGGAGCGGCUGCUGCCCGCCCUGCAGAGCGCCAUCACCCGUUUCUAUGGCGACGACCCCAAGAGCUCCCCCAACCUGGGCCGCAUCAUCAACCAGAAGCACUUCCUGCGGCUGCAGGGGCUGCUGCGCUGUGGCCGCGUGGCCAUCGGAGGCCAGAGCGACGAGAGCGAUCGCUACAUCGCGCCCACGGUGCUGGUGGACGUGCAGGACACGGAGCCCGUGAUGCAGGAGGAAAUCUUCGGGCCCAUCCUGCCCCUGGUGACCGUGAGGAGCCUGGACGAGGCCAUCGACUUCAUCAACCAGCGGGAGAAGCCUCUGGCCCUGUAUGCCUUCUCCAACAGCAGCCAGGUAGUGAACGAGGUGAUGGAACGCACCAGCAGCGGCAGCUUCGGCGGCAACGAGGGCUUCAUCUACCUGACGCUGCCCUCCCUGCCGCUAGGGGGCGUGGGCAACAGCGGGAUGGGCAGGUACCACGGCAAGUUCUCCUUCGACACCUUCUCCCACCAGCGCGCCUGCCUGCUGCGCAACCCCGGCCUGGAGAAGGUCAACGAUAUCCGCUACCCGCCCUAUAGUCCCUGGAACCAGCAGCUGAUCACCUGGGCCCUGGGCUCCCAGAGCUGCACCCUUCUGUGA